CGCCCACCGCUGCCGGAACAAAAGGGGGGGCUGCAUGGUGGCGGCGGCGCGGCCCGCCCGGCUCCGCGCUCUCUCUCGCUCCGCGCUCCGCCACCAUGUCGGGCGGCGGCACCGGCAGCAGCAACGGCGUGAAGAAGAGGAGCCCGGCGGGCUCGGCCUCCUCGCUGGCGCAGGAGGAGGAGAAGCAGGCGAUGGAGAAGAUGCUGGAUGCGGCGGGCGGCGGGGCGCAGGAGAACGGCUGCGCCCGCUCGCCCUGCGCCGAGGGCGAGGGGGUGACCCUGCAGCGCUCCAUCACGCUGCUCAACGGCGUGGCCAUCAUCGUGGGCACCAUCAUCGGCUCCGGCAUCUUCGUUACCCCCACCGGCGUGCUGCGGGAGGCCGGUUCGCCGGGGCUGUCGCUGGUGGUGUGGGCCGUUUGCGGGGCCUUCUCCAUCGUGGGUGCUCUGUGCUACGCUGAGCUGGGCACCACCAUCACCAAAUCUGGCGGGGAUUACGCCUACAUGCUGGAGGUGUACGGCUCCCUGCCCGCCUUCCUCAAGCUCUGGAUAGAGCUGCUCAUCAUCCGGCCUUCCUCGCAAUACAUCGUGGCUCUGGUCUUCGCCACAUACCUGCUCAAGCCCAUCUUCCCCACCUGUCCGGUGCCCGAUGAGGCCGCCAAGCUGGUGGCCUGUCUGUGUGUCCUGCUGCUCACAGCGGUGAACUGUUACAGCGUGAAAGCUGCUACUCGCGUCCAGGACGCCUUUGCUGCGGCAAAACUGCUGGCCCUGGCUCUGAUCAUCAUCCUCGGCUUCGUACAGAUUGCAAAGGGUGAUGUGACGAGCCUGACUCCUGAGCACUCCUUCAAAGGCACAAAAGUAGGCGUGGGGAACAUUGUGUUGGCUCUGUACAGCGGUCUCUUUGCCUAUGGAGGAUGGAAUUACUUGAAUUUUGUUACAGAAGAGAUGAUCAAUCCCUACAGAAACCUGCCUCUGGCUAUCAUCAUCUCACUACCUGUAGUGACUUUGGUUUAUGUGCUGACAAACUUGGCUUACUUCACCACGUUGUCGACGGAGCAGAUGCUGACGUCCGAAGCCGUGGCCGUGGAUUUUGGGAACUAUCACCUUGGUGUCAUGUCCUGGAUCAUACCCGUCUUUGUUGGCUUGUCGUGUUUUGGAUCUGUUAAUGGAUCUCUCUUCACUUCUUCCCGGCUGUUCUUCGUGGGAUCCCGAGAAGGUCACUUGCCUUCAAUCCUGUCUAUGAUUCACCCCAGGCUUCUCACUCCCCUACCGUCACUCAUCUUUACGUGUGUCAUGACCCUGCUCUACGCCUUCUCCAACAACAUCUUCUCAGUCAUUAACUUCUUCAGCUUCUUCAACUGGCUGUGCGUGGCUCUGGCCAUCAUCGGCAUGAUGUGGCUGCGUUACAAGAAGCCGGAGCUGGAAAGGCCCAUCAGGGUGAACGUCUGCCUGCCCAUCUUCUUCAUCCUGGCCUGCUUGUUUCUCAUCGCUGUUUCCUUCUGGAUGACGCCAAAGGAAUGCGCCAUCGGCUUUGCCAUCAUCUUCAGUGGGAUCCCUGUUUACUUCUUCGGGGUCUGGUGGCAAAACAAGCCCAAGUGGGUUCUCCAAGGCAUUUACUCUGCAACAGCCCUGUGCCAGAAACUGAUGGAAGUGGUUCCACAAGAAUCAUAAGCAGGAAAAGCAGAGACAUUCAGCUCGAGGAAACGCACAAUAUUACUUUAAGACGACACAAGGAGAAAAAGCUUCUGAUCCCUCGUAAACGAAACCUAGGCACUGGAGCAUCCCGUCGGAGCUGCUUCAUGUCUGACACCAUGUCCCUGGCUCUGCCUUGCCUCCUCCAGCCCCUCCAUCACCACCCUUUAUCCUGGCAGAUGAGCAGCCCCACCAUGAGUUCUUGGUACGAACGUGGGCCAGGAGGAGGAAUUCCUGCUCCAAAGGGGUCCUUCCUGUCCAGCAGCAGCGAGUCCCAUCCACCUCUGUGUGUGUGUGAUGCUGAGGGCUGCAUUUCAAUUCGGUUUGGGUCUGGGAUCCCCCAGAUGAUGGUGGAUCUGCUGAUGAGCCCAGUUUAAGUGUUGCCAGCCCUACAGAUGUGCCUGUAUCCGGGGCUGGAACUGUCCUGAGCCUGACUCAGCUGCCUCACCUGCUCAAGGGAGGUGGUUGGGAAGCAAAGUUUGGCUGGUGUUGGCUCACGCGCUCACACACACACAAACUCGUACCAAAAUAGGUGCUGCUGGAUGCUGUGGACUCUGCCCACUGGCAGUGACUGAGGUGAGACAAGGCAGAGCAGAAUCAGUGUCAGAGCAAUGGGGUGGGGAGGUGCGUUUGUGACGAGCACAUGGGGUCCCCGGCCACUACAGCUUUUAACUCAGUUCCAAGCUAUGUCCCUGCUGUUGAACCAGUCCCAUGGGAUGCUCUGCGCCACAACGUCCAUCCCAUGGCCCUGUGAAUUAGCACUGGGGCAGGUGCAGGCCUGAGGGUGGAAUUCCUCCCGAUAAACCCAGGGAAUUGCAAUUAGCAGAAGGCCAAGUCCUUGGCUUGCUCACUCCAUGUUUUUCUGUAGAUGGACUAUCACCCAGCAUGGGGUGGGCAACAUCAUGCUCUCCAAAUGGCCUGUUUCUUUGCCCUCAGUGUGAUUCAUAUCAUAGAAUGUCCUGAGUUGGCAGGGACCCACCAGGAUCAUUGAGUUCGCCCCUAAACCAUUUGCAAACAGAAAGUAAGGGUGGGGUUCCCACGGCUCGUUCCCUAGGGUCUGUCACUGUGCUGCCUGUCACCGUGCCCUUUGUUUUGCUGUGUCUCUUCUAGAAGUGCGGUGGAGAUGGGACCAAAUGGGGCUGGGGGUGGAGAAAGGGGCAGAUGUCCCCGGGUGGCUGGAGCUUGGCUUUCAUCUGGGUCUGCUGUAGAUGGUCUGUUCUGCUCAAAGCAGCGGGGACUGGCAGCCUCUUCUUCCUUGGUGCAAAACCGCGGCAUCGGGUUUGGCUUGGGGAGGUACCCCCACCAAGACCCUCCCGUUCAGGGAAUGGUCUUUGAGCACAGACCGUGAUCCGCAUGUGAAAUCUUGUUUUGCUGUAGUGGGUGGUGCAUCCCCAUAACCCAUCCAAAAUUCCUCUAGUUCCCGAGUAGUCAAACCUGUCCUCUUAGGAACAUGUAGCUUUAUUUGGUCAAAAGCAUCAUCUUUUCAGCAAAACUGCAGUUUGUGAACACUUUGCUCGUCAUGCUUCUGCGCUCAAGGUGAUAGUUGGAAAUCAAAAGCAUCUUUUCCUCACGAAGUGAGUUGCUUCAGUCUCUGUUAUGGAUCUGUUUUGUGCUUGUGCUUUGUGCAAAUAGGUUGUUGAACUACUUUCUCCGCAAUAUUUGUGUAAACUAAGCUGUUUGGAAGCCAGGAUCCUCCAAGAGCUAAUGCUUUCUGCUGGAUUCUCUUAGCAUAGAGUUCUUUUGGAUGAAGAGGCAUUAAGGACACCAAUGGUACUAGCUCACGCUUUGUCUUUUUCAGACAUUCUUUAGCAAAAAAAUGAGUGUGUGUCCUAGGAGGUGGCAGCUUCUCUUGAUGUGUGCGUGGCAAUGACUGUGGUUGUGUCGACAGGUGGCUGCGUGCAGCUCUUUGCUGUCGCUUUGUCCACCACAUGUCAUUGUUCUGAGGCAGGAGGAAUCGGUGAGACAAUCAUCGCGCUGAAAACCUUUUGCUGUCAGGUCGCUCAUUCCGUGGCAGCACAGGGUAGAGACACCCAAACCAGCUCAGAUGCCAGUUUACACAUGUUGACGUUGAGCUCUCCUGGCGCUCAGUGAGCCUGUGGGGAGCUGUAGCUGGUUUGGGUGCAUCUCCAGUGCAGAAGAACCCAAAGUUACGGCCGGUGCUGGCUGUUCAGGGACCUACGUGCAAUGAAUUGGAGCAUCUCAGAUCCAGUGCCUGCCGAGAGGUGUUUGCAUAAAUAAGGUCGCGAACCAUAAAAACCUGAACUCAAUUUUUUGAAUCCUCUUCAAGCUGAAGGCUGAGAUGUUUUGGCAGGGUGGUGAUGGGCUAGCACUGCUUCUCCUGGACCUGUUUCAUGGAGAGGGAACCUCCGUCUGUCACCUUCCCGUUGGUCUGCAGGUUUUUUGGCUGUAACGGUCUCAGGGCCUGGGUUCAACACAGGGGCUCUCAGUGCUCGCAUUACAUAUAGUAUAUACCAGCAGAAUUACUUGUGAUGCAAAGGAAAUGAUUUUAACUCAGCCACCUCACUCCAAUGUAAAUUAGCACUCCAGGCCAAGCCACAGAAUGCUCAAAAAUGGGGCCAAAUCUCCCAAAUGUGGGGGGGUUGCUUGGUUUGGACACAACUUUAAAUGACCUUCAUCAGUGAUGAAAACCAUCACUACAUUAUAUCCUCUUGGUGAACUUUUCACACUGAUUUUAAAGAGGAGAUGUCACACUGAGAAAUAUUUUUUUUAAUUAUUAUUAAUUAACUGAUCUUAAUUAAAUCGUUAACUCGCUUGCUUGCUCUUGAUGAAUUUUCAUGAUUCUUUUCUUGCUGCUAAAGAUCCUUCUCUCAUACUAACCUGCUGGCUCUGGCAUUGAUACCAUAUGUUUUGUGGUGAUCGUGCCAGUGUCUCCAUGGCAACAGAGGUAUAGGCAGAAACUGAACCAGGUACCUGCACAGAAUGACAAAAAAAAGAGUUGAAUUUGGUCGGCCACAGCUCACAUCUCAAAGUUUACCUUCUGAAACCUGAUUUCUUUUAACCCCGACCCAUUGACCCUGUGAAAGGGCUCCUCGCUGCUUGUGGAAUAAACACGUCACAGAGGGCAAGGGGAGCAGCAGAGACUUCCCAGAAAAUCCCUCAUCAUUCCCAGCAAUGGGUGAGAGGUUUUUCUGUUGUUUCUCUAUUUGCUCGAGCUCUUUGGAGCCCGUGAUCAGUCACGCCUGUUGCAACCCACCAAGGGGGAUAAAUUCCUCCCCUAAAGGACAUGUAGAAUCACCGAAUGUCAGGGGUUGGAAGGGACCUGGAAAGCCCAUCCAGUACAAUCCCCCCAUGCAGCAGGAACACCCAGAUGAGGUUACACAGGAAGGUGUCCAGGCGGGUUGGAAUGUCUGCAGAGAAGGAGACUCCACAACCCCCUGGGCAGCCUGGGCCAGGCUCUGCCACCCUCACUGAGAAGAAGUUUCUUCUAAUAUUUAAGUGGAACCUCCUGUGUUCCAGUUUGUACCCAUUACUCCUUGUCCUGUCAUUGGUUGUCACCGAGAAGAGCCUGGCUCCAUCCUCCUGACACUCACCCUUUCCAUAUUGAUCACCGUGAAUGAGGUCACCCCUCAGUGUCCUCUUGUCCAGCUCCAGAGCCCCAGCUCCCUCAGCCUUUCCUCACACGGGAGAUGCUCCACUCCCUUCAGCAUCUUCGUGGCUGUGCUGGACUCUCUCCAGCAGUUCCCUGUCCUGCUGGAACUGAGGGCCCAGAACUGGGCACAAUAUUCCAGGUCUCACCAGGGCAGAGUAGAGGGGCAGGAGAACCUCUCUGACCUACUGACCACCCCCUUCUAAUCCACCCCAGGUACCAUUGGCCUUCCUGGCCACAAGGGCCCAGUGCUGGCUCAUGGUCAUCCUGCUGUCCCCAGGACCCCCAGGUCCCUUUCCCUACACUGAGCCACAGCGACUGUCAGUUCGCUUUUCGAAGCGGUAGCUGGAGUUAAACGAGGAACUGCAUGAACCUAUUUCAUAUGACAGUAUUCUGCAAAUACAGCUGGGGUGGUUGUGUCAGUGGAAUAAUUUAGGUUGGAAAAGACCUUAAAGAUUGGGUCCAACCACAGAGCUGUGGCUGCGUAUUUCUGCAAGCGGUGGCUGUGCCGCAGCAAUCUCUUGGUCCUUACAUUAAGCCCCCAUUUCAAUUAUUGCUCUUUUUAGCUUGUUUUUAAGUAUUUAGAGACUCGGGCGGUCGGUUGUUGUGGGUGUUGACAGAACAGCAGGGCAGGGGCCUGCAGGACCAGGGGCCAGGAGCUUCCCCACCCUUUGGGUUCCUCUUUCUAAAUGAAAAACCUAAUGAGGAAACCUCUAAAUGAGGGGAACCAGCCCUGCCAAAAGCUCCUGGCCAAAAGUGGGGGGGAAUCUAUGUCAUCCUAGGUGGAUCUAUAUUUUUUUCUUUAUUUUUUUUUCUUUUAUUUAACUCUCUGCAGUAUUUGCAGUGUUUUCCAUCUCAGAUACCGCGUUUCGUUAAACACGCUUUUGUUUCUAACGGAACCUUCUGUGGUUACUAAGUUCAAGGGGACUCUGUCGCUGUUGAACAAAGUUUAAAGACCCUUCAACUGGAUUGAAACUCAUAAGAAGCAGCUUUGUUGUUCUCCAAACCCUCUCCCGGCGGGCAGCUCGGGCAGGGGAAUAAAUUGGGCUUUUCCCCAUGGCCACAACUUCCCAAGGGCAGAGGGAUGUUUGCAGCAACAGAGUCCCAGGCUGGCUGUGGGAAUGGCAUCCUCUCCAUCUGGGAGAUUACUCGUGCUUCCAGCCAAGGCUACAGGGUUCUGGGGCUUUAAUAAAAAAUAAUCUUUAAAAAAUAAUAAAAAGGAAGGAAACAGCCAAAUGUUAUUACGCAACGCUCCGGCUGUUUGGGGCUGUUCUUGUGGGACACCAGCUUUUCCGUCAGCCAGUUGUGCAACUCCGUUUGUAAUGGCAUCCAAGGGGAAGGUGGCGUUGGCUGUGGAGAGUGAACAUUCUUAGUGGAGAUCGGGAAAGGGCUGAGACGGCUCCAGUUCCCCCGGGGCUGGUCUGAGCCCCUGGGGCUGAACCACAGCCCUGGAAGCCCCGCGAGCGUCUCCGAGCCGGUGGAAUUUGGCUGCCAACCAAGGUGCUUUCCAUCCCUGGUGGCUUCUUGAGUUACAGCCAACCAGCCGUGCGCCCUUUUCUUCCCAUUUUACACGGUCUGAACUGGAACUAGGUUGGGUGUAGGUGUGUAUGGGAUGCUCCCGGGCGCAGCGGAACCAAGAGCUCCCAGUUUGGUGCAGAUGUUCUCACCCAUGAGAUGCAGCAGUAGGAAAUGCGGCUGCCCGUAAGGAACUGAUGUCCCGAGGGUUAUUUCUUUGCUUUUAGCCCCCUGUUUCUUGUGUGAGAAGAAGUGUCGCGUCCUCCAGCUGUUGAAGUGUUAAUGAGAAAAAAUAAGUAAAUAUUUUUUUAAAUAUUGAAUUAAUUUUUAAAAGGCCUAAAAGAGACUUUAUAUCUACACCUAAAUUAUUCCCCUUGGGUGAUGUUCAUCUCGGACGCUCUCCUGCAUCCCGGUGGUGCGGGACGGGGCUCCGGCUGCGUCUCCUGCGCUGGGAUGAAUUUCACACAUCGGGGAAAACAAAAAUCCUUAUUUGUUCAAGGGACAGGGUGAGGUCCAUGUCCCGCCUCAGUCCUCGCAAAGCAAGAGUUUUAAGUGAUACCUGGACCUUGCGCUGGGACCGCAGAACUAAAGGAGGGUGACAUUCACUUCUAGUGAAUAAUCUGACUUUUCAGAGAUGCCUUUCUUCUAAAGUUCAUAUUUUUUGGUUUUGUUUUGUUUUUUAAACAGAGAGAAAAAAUAAAAACAGGAUCUUAACAUUCAGAAGAAUAAUCUAGAUCUGAUUUACAAUUUUGUUAUAUUUGGUUGCUUUAAAAAUAUUUUACUAAUUUAAAUGUUGCUGUAGAUGACAUUCUAUUUAUUUUAAGGGGUAAAUAUCUUUUAGUCUUAAUACUUCUACAGUGAGCACUGUCUACAAUGUUUGUGUUCCUGUCAACACAGCUAUUCCACGGCUGACCGAGUGCUGGUCAGCCCGUAGUAACUUAAUCAAAUUGCCUUGUAAAACAAGAUGUCUCCUGCAAUGUAAUUUUUUUCUAGUAUUUCUUGAUUCUUUUAUGUCUGUGGUUAACAAAUCUGUUAAACGUUCGGGUUGUUCUAUGUUUUGGGUUGUUGUUUUUUGUUUUUUUAACAAAGAAAGCUGAAUUACAA